CGUCACAUUCUUUUGCUGCCCAAGAACUUUCUCCGAUACCUGCUUGCCUAGGUUUUUCCUACUCCUUUUCUUGUUGCUAGUGCUGGGCAGGAGGAAUCUGGAAAAAAAGAAUGUUCGCCACUAAGGAAAGUAAAAAUCAUUGCCAAGAUUACUUGUCUCCGAAAGUGUGAGGCGAGCCAACUUGGCCAUGGAAACAGAAGAGACUGAGACCAAAACUAAUCGUGGUAUUGUCGAGUUGGCCAUACAAACAAAAGUUACCUCUCAAGGUUCCGCAAGAAUAUACUCUUGCGGAUGAUUCAAUUUUCAACAAAAAUAUGAAACUAAUCAAUCUUUUUAUUUUUCCUCCAAGGCAGUUAACCUUAAGGUUGAAUUCAAAAUGUGAUGGAUGUUCUAAUCCCCACCUUACGAUUAGACCAACCUUAAUUCACCAAUCUUACUAAAAACAUGAAACAUAAUCCAUUUUAGGCAGGAAAUGCGAGAAUGCAAACGAAUUUUGGAUCUUCCUACAUAUGAUCACCCUACAAAUCACAAGGCGAAUUAAAAUAGUGUCGCAAAUCGGGCAACUCAGUUAGUAAGAUAUUGUCCGCUUUGGGCCAAGCCCGCACGGAUUUACUCUUGGGUGUCGUCCCCAAAAGGCCUCAUACUAAUUGAGCUAGGUGGGACACUUGUAUACAAUGGUUCCUUCCCUUGUAUUUCCGAUGUGGUACUUGGAUUGUCCCAUAACAAUCCUCCCCUCAAUACAAGGACCAAGAACUUCGUGUCCUCUCUCAGUGAUUAUAUGAUCUGCCAGACGCCUUGUAUCGAUGGGCUUCUCGGUACAAGGACUUUACCAAACGCAGAACUCUCUUUGAUCUGCUUCUCAAAUGCGGAACUCUCUUUGAUCCGCCAAAGCCCAAACGUGGAUCUCUCCUGGAUCCACCAAACAUACGCGAAUCACUUUUGACCUGCCAGACAAACGCAGAUCUCAAAUCCCGAGGCCACUGAAUGAGGGGUCCACCAAACUGACGUCCACUGCCCCAAAUCUGCCGAACCAGGCUCUGGUACCACUUGUCAUAACCAGGCUGCUCAUUAGUAUGAUAUUGUCCACUUUGAACCAAGCCUGCACGGUUUUACUCUUGGGUAUCCUCCCCAAAAGGCCUCGUACUAAUUGGGCUAGGUGGACACUUAUAUAUAAGGGUUCCUUCCCUUGUAUUUUCGAUGUGGUACUUGGAUUGUCCCAUAACAAUUCAAACCGGGGUGCUCAAUUAGUACGAUAUUGUCCACCUAGGUUCGAUGGUGACUACAAUCACUGGAUUCUCCAUCAUGGAUUCUCCUGAUGGAGAAUCUACUUUGUUCCAAAGAGUACAGGCAUGUUGUGCAACAAGGAUUCAAAGACAGGAAAUGUGAGGAGUUGUUAGAAGAUGAGACGAAGGCUCUUGAUGAUCUGAAGAUGAAGGACUUGAAGGCUAAGAACUAUCUCUUUAGCUCCAUCGACAUGGUCAUCCUCAAGACCAUCUCAAAGAAAGGUACUGCUAUAGAUUAUGGGAUCCAAUGAAAUUUAAGCAUCAAGACAAUGCUAGGGUGUAGAAAGCGAGUCUACAAGCUCUUAGAAGGAACUUUGAAAUCAUUGAGAUGAAAGAAGGAGAAUAUGUGACCAGUUACUUCACUAGGGUCAUGACCAUAGCAAAUGCCAUAAGAAAUUGUGGUAUAGGAAUGACUGCCCAUAAUGGUAUAACAAUCAACAAGUUCACUAUUCUAGUUCCAGUUAUGUGCAAGAUCAUCAGUCGUAUGGAGAUAUGAAGGAUGACAUGUUAUGCAUGGCUCAAGUUGAUUACAUGCCUGAGGAAUAAGAGAAGAUGGAUGUUGACUGCCUUAUGGCUUUUGUAGAAGACCAUUCUGUGAGUAAGGACUCAGACUAGUAGUUCCUUGACUAAGGAUGCUCCAAUAAUAUGAUUGGAGAACAAAAAUAGUUCAUUGGGUUGGAUUCUGGCUUCACUUGCAAUGUCAGGCUAGGUAACAACUCAAAAUGAAUGUUGCUGGAAAAGGCAGUAUCAAGUUGGUGAUCGAUCAACUUUCAGUGAUUGUUCAGGAGGUGUUCUAUGUUUCAGAGCUUAAAACCAAUUUGCUCAGUCUAGGCAGUGGCAAGAAAAGGGUCUCUCGUUUCUGAUCAAAAGUGGAAGCUGCAAGAUAUUUCAUGAAGAGAAGGAUCUGCUACCUUAGACAGAGAUGAAAUCAAACAGAAUGUUUGUGUUACAUUCUACUACAGUCAAUUCUUACCAGAAUCACCAGGUUCAGUGUCUGCAGACUGGGGGAGGAGCUUCAAACUCUCACCUGACCGAGUGGCAUCGAAGGUUUGGCCAUAUCAAUGUUCAAAGCCUUACGCAGCUGCAACGAUGGGAUUUAGUUCAAGGCCUACCUCUUCUCAAGGGAGAUAUUGGAGUCUAUUUAACCUGUCUGAUUGGGGAAGCAACACAAACAACAUUUUCCUAAGAAAAGCUAAGGGAGAGCAUCUUAUAAGCUUAAACUCAUGCAUGCUGAUCUUUGAUGACCACUCACACCAGCAUCAAUCAGUGGAAGAAGGUAUAUUCUCACAUUAACUGAUGAUUAUAGUAAGAAAUUGUGGGUAUAUUUUUUGUUUGCUAAGUCUGAGGCACUAUAAUGGUUCAAAUAAUACAAAGCCCAAGUUGAAAAGGAGACAUGACUGGUCAUUAAGAGUCUCAGAACAGACAGAGGAGGUGAGUUUAUGCUUACAAAAUUCUAUGAUCUCUGUGAACAGGCUUACAUUAGAAGACACUUAAUAGUUGCACUUACAUUUCAGCAAAAUGGGGUGGUUGAGAGAAAGAACAUAACAAUAAUGAAUAUGGUGAGGUGCAUGUUGCACGACAUGAAUGUUCCAGUAGUUUUAUGGGCUAAAGAUGUCACCUGGGCCACACAUGUGCUCAAUAGAAGUCCUACAUUUGCUAAUCAAGGCAUGGCUGCUCAGGAGUAGGGGUGGGCAUGCAGUUCGGUUUUACCGAACCGAACCGAACUAAAACCGACCGAAACCGAAUUAAACCUUGUUAGGUUCGGGAUUCGGAAUGGGAUAUUUUAUAUUUCGGAAAUCAUCAUCGUUUGAACCGAACCGAACUUCCGAUUUGCCGACCGAAUUCCGAAUUUCCAACCCAGUCCACUAACUCUGAGGCCUGAGUCCAUCCUCUCUCUCUGAGCCCAUUCUGAAAUGUGCCCCUAGGCCCAACCCAACUCCAUUUUCGCACUGAUCCACUCCCUCAUAAGUCACAACUGAAACCCGACCCACCCAAAUGAUCUCUCGGCCUCGCACUCGCACUCGCAGGUCGCAUAUCUUUCUCUUCGCAGUUCGCACAAAAAACCCUAGCCUACCAAUACUGUCCAGUAGUAGCCGCCAGCCGAAAUCGAAAGGAGAGAAAGGAAAAUAAAAUGCCUUUAAUUUC